AUGGCCGACCGCACACUACAGCAGAUCCUCAACCAGCUGAAGUCGAAUCCCAGCCUCCCCUACAGCGAAGCCUCUUCCCUCCUCUCCAAAGCCAAGAUCGCCCUGCUGCAGCUCAAGGCCGUGACACCAACCCCCAACACAUCAUCCGCGCACCUCGCCGUGGCGCGGGACGUCUACGAGGCCGGCGCCCUCUUCAGCAUCCGGGCGCGCGACCCGGCGGCCUUCACGCGCUACGUGUCGCAGCUGCAGCCCUUCUACGAGCUGGCGGCCUCGGCGCUGCCGCCGAACCACGCCGAGCGCAACAAGGUCACCGGCUUGUAUUUGUUGUACCUGCUGACCGAGAGCGACUACGCCCAGUUCCACUCGGAGCUCGAGGCCCUGGGUACCCGCGAUGUUGGUGGUGUUGAGACCGAGAACGACCGCUUCCUCGGGUACCCCAUCAAGCUCGAGCGGUGGCUCAUGGAGGGCAGCUAUGACCGCGUGUGGAAGGCUAUGAAGAGCCGCGAGGUGCCCAGCGAGGAGUACGGUGUCUUUACGGAUAUCCUAACCUCGCAAAUCCGCUCCGAGAUCGCCUCCAGCAGCGAGCGCGCCUACCCGUCGCUGCCGCUCUCCAGCACCAAGUCGCUGCUCUUCCUGGACUCCGAGGGCGCCGUGGUCGACUUCGCGCGCGAGCGCGGCUGGGUCAUCCGCGACGGCCAGAUCUACUUUCCCUCCACAUCUGGUGCGCCCGGCGAGGACGGCGCCGAGACCGGGACCGAGCAGGAGUUUAGCCAGAUGGUCAUCCAGAAUACGCUGGGCUAUGCGCGGGAGCUGGAGACUAUUGUUUAG